AUGUCUCGAGUAGGAUGUAGUCAUCCAAAAUUGCAUGCAAGUUUUGCAGCAGUAACAACUUUCAUCUCAAUGUGGAUAACAAACACUGCUACCACUGCCUUGAUGUGCCCAAUAGUUAUGGCAAUUCUUGUCGAACUGGAAAAUCAAGGUGUAAGCAAGGUUUAUAUAAAUAGAAUUGCUACAGGGCCAGAUGCCAAUCUCGGAAAGCAGGAUCUUCCUGAUGAUCCGAUACCAACAAAAUUGACUGUGAGUUAUUUUUUGGUCAUUGCCUUUUCCUCUACAGUUGGUGGUACGUCCACAAUAAUUGGCACAGGCACUAAUAUGAUGUUGAAGGGUGCAUACGAAACAUUAUAUCCUGAUAGCGAUGUAAGCUUUGUGUACUGGAUGAUACUAUUCCUGCCGCCUAUGAUAAUCAAUGCUGUUUUGAUGGAAUUGGGAUUGCAGUUUAUAUUUUUUGGCUUAUGGAGAAAAAACAGUGAUGCUGCUAAAGCUAUCCAUAUUGAUGAGGAAACAAGAAACUCAAUAAAACAAGUAAUUAAACGGAAAUAUGCGGAUCUGGGACCCAUAACUUGGCACGAAUGUAUGAUAAUAAGCUUUUUUUUGCUGAUGAUUUUACUUUUCUUUAUAAGGCAUCCAGACUUUAUGCCUGGAUAUGUGAGGUUGUUCAACAGACAUUUGAAUCAAAGAGAACAGGCAUUAUAUAUAAGGGAUUCUGCAGCAGUCAUGUUGCUGUUUGUAAUAAUGUUUUUCAUUCCGAAGACUUUGGAUGUGCUGAACUUUUUCAAGAAAAGACCAAAAACUUUGCCUGAGGGUUCUGAAGAUCCACUUGUUACUUGGAAGUUUUUGGCUGGAAGAAUGCCAUGGGGUUUUAUUCUACUAUUAGGUAGCAGCUAUGCUUUGGCCCAAGGCAGUUUAGUAUCAGGAAUGAACGAUUACUUAGCAGAAAAGUUGAAGCAUUUAGCUGCUGUGCCAUUAGCACUUUUAUUAUUACUUGUAUUAAUUUUUAUUAAAAUAUUAACCGAAUUUAUCUCAAACGUAGCUGUGGCGAGCAUCACACUGCCUAUUUUAAACACGAUGAGCCAGAAUUUGCAAGUUAAUCCUUUGUAUUUUAUGUUGCCGGCUACUAUUGUAGCUUCAUAUUGUUUCUUGAUGCCAGUCGGAACACCGCCAAAUACCAUCCUAAGAACCACUUAUCAUAUCAAACCUAGACAAAUGCUUAAGGGUGGUCUGUGGACAAGUUUUAUAACACUUUUCAUCACUUGGACAAUGUUUCUAUUUUACUCAUCAUUGAUCUACAAAGAUUUACUUUCUUUUCCCCGGUGGGCAGAAAUUAAAGACGCAGAAAAUGUGGAAGCUUUUCUUCUGUUUGUGCGAAAUUUAAUUGUACAGUCGAGACAUUCAGGUGGACUUCGAGGGGAAGCCUUUACCAUAAAUGAUAUUAUUUACAACGAAACAGAUUAUAGUCUUUAUGCAUUAAACUGGGGCGACAAUCUAAGUUUUGAAACUUCUUUGAGUUAG